AUGGCGAAGUACAUAGUCAACAGAGCCUACAACAAGAAGACCCUGCCUGUAGUAUGGUUGGGUCCCCCGAACUUCAGCCGCUACUCACGAGGGCUACAAAUCGACAUAGACCUGCCGGCCGAGCUGCGCGACCGUCUCUUGGUUACCGGUGACCAUGGUAACGGCUACUACAACCUCCAGGUUGGCAACAUCCGUAAAGCAGACAGUGGGGACUACAUGUGUAAAAUUGGUUCCAGAGAGAUUCGAUCAGUAAACGUUCAAGUAAAAACACAAGGACUGGAUAUCAAUGAAGGAGAAACAUUAACUCUCACAUGCCCGAGACCAUCCCAGACCCUGCCUGUAGUAUGGUUGGGUCCCCCGAACUUCAGCCGCUACUCACGAGGGCUACUAAUCGACAUAGACCUGCCGGCCGAGCUGCGCGACCGUCUCUUGGUUACCGGUGACCAUGGUAACGGCUACUACAACCUCCAGGUUGGCAACAUCCGUAAAGCAGACAGUGGGGACUACAUGUGUAAAAUUGGUUCCAGAGAGAUUCGAUCAGUAAACGUUCAAGUAAAAACACAAGAUGAAUUAGUGGUAUUUCUUGCCCCUGGUUCGGCCCCCAGGAAUGUGCUAGCCCGUCCACACAGCACACAGGCCAUAGUGAUUGACUGGCAGGAGCCUGAGAUACCCAAUGGUAUCAUUCAGAUCCGUAUGGGUCUCAAUUUCCUUGGCAACACGACGGUUCAGCUGCGUACACCGCGCAACGUUGACCAAGCGGGAUCUUACAGUGAGGUGUCACUGUUCUUUAAGACUCAGAGUGAGAAUGGUCUCCUACUGUAUGUGGGCAGCGAGAUGUCAGGCAGCAACAAACCAAACCAGGACUACAUGUCAUUGGAGAUCGAGAAUGGUCAGGCAGUGUUGAAGUAUGACCUGAACUCUGGCCUGGUCAAGGUGAACCAUCAACACUAUGUGGCCGAUGGGAAGUGGUACAAGGUCAUAGCCAAACGCAUUGGCAAGGCCAGUACCCUCACCAUUUUGCAAGAUGCCCAGCUAGGGCCACUUGGCACGGUGUUCGGCAUGUCCAAGGGGACCAACACAUUGAUGGAUCUUCAUCCUCUGACCACAAAGUUCUACGCAGGUGGUCUGCCAGCAGAUGCCAACAUGAUAUCCAAUGAGGUUACACGCAACCAAUUUGUUGGUGCAAUUAAGGACAUAACGUUUGAUGACAGACCAAUGAGUCUGUGGAACUUCAAAGAGGGAGAGAACAACUACAAGGGUGCUAGAGAAAGGGACAUUUAUACACAGCUUGUUUCCAAUGGUUUCCGCUUUGAUGGAAGUGGUUACGUCGUUCUGAGUACCUCUCAGACGGGCUGGAAACCGGCUGUUAAAGUUCAGAUUACAAUGAAAUUCAAGACUUACGCACCAAACGGCUUACUGCUCUUCGCUAGCAAGAACCGAAACUUCAUAUCGGUUGAGUUACGCGAUGGGCUGGUACUAUACCAGUACGACCUUGGUGGGGGUCGUGUCCAGAUAACAUACGGCUUUAAGGAGGUCAACGACGGAAACUGGCAUUACGUGCAGGUCAACAGGGUCAACAAGACAGGAAUGCUCUUCGUUGAUUCUGAAGGGGUGGGUCCAGUGGACUCACUAGGCCGUCUGACACAGCUAGAAGUCAAUGAUGACAUCUCUAUUGGAGGUUACCCUGGAGUUAUCCUCCCAUUCAGUGAUGUGACCAAGCAAGGGUUUGACGGCUGCAUUGAAGACGUGUCCAUUCAACUCAAUACCUGGGACCUGAAUGAAAACAAGGAGGCCAAGGGUGUAAUACCUGGCUGUCCAGACCAGAUUUCAAGGAUAGCCACCUAUGAUGUCAAGAAACUCUCUUAUAUUGCCAACCCAAUAGACAGCAUUGGCAGGAAUUUUGAUAUCACCUUCAAGAUGAAGACAACACAGAACAAGGCUCUUCUGCUGUUUGUUGCCAACAAUGACCAGUCUGCUGGAUUCUCCGUGUCACUGGUGGACGGCAAGAUAUCAGUGAUCAGUGACCCUGGGGGAGAGAAACUGAGCCUGAUGAGCCGUGUGAACACUUACAAUGACGGCCGCUGGCAUUACAUAUCUGUCAUGAAGAAGGGCACACUAUUGGAAAUCAACAUAGAUGACUAUGAGAUUGUGAGAACAACGGGCCAAGGUCAGAAAGCUACCCUGGUAACCACCACCCCUCUGUACUUUGGAAAUGCAGAUGUGAACAUACCGGCCAACCUUGCUGAUGCCACAGAGCAGUUUGGAGGAUGUAUUGCAGAUGUCACAAUCAACGGAGAGUUCCUCAACUUUGCAGUGCUGCAGCCCCCAAGGAGGCGCAACAUAGCGCUGGCCGGAUGCCCUAUACCUGACCCUGAGGGGCCAUAUGACAGGGACCCCCUGCCUACCCCUCACCCCGUACUGGUUACAACUCCUACAACCCUACCCACAAUGCCUCCUGGCCGAUGUGCACUGGAUCAAGUCAAGCCCCAGGAGCUCCCAGCUGCGAACCAACGUGGAUACUACUUUGGAGCAUACGCAGUCAGCCGGCUUGAGUUUGCACAACUGCCAACAAACAUCAGAAUCAAAUCAGUUUUCAGUCUCGACUUUAGAACCACAGAAGCAGAUGGGGUUAUAUUCUACUUUGCUGACAGUAAACAUGUUGAUCACAUGUCACUGAUAAUGAUAAAUGGAACUAUCCGAUACACCUUUGACUGCGGAACAGGCAUUGGUUUAAUAAGGACAGCUAAAACUUACAAUGAUGGAAAAUGGCAUUCUGUCUCAGCGGGCAGGAACCUCAACGAAGGAGUGUUGAUUGUUGAUGAGGAGCAGGUGGGAAUCACAAAAUCGGCAGGUCGACAUCGUUCUGUCAAUGUGAGGGCGCCAUAUUACUAUGGAGGUGUCAAUGUCACUGAACUCAAUGGCAAAGGAAUUGCAAAUCUUGCGGGCAUGAGCACUAAUUUUGUUGGCUGUAUCGCGAACAUCAAGGUUGGCAAUGAAGACAUUGGGUUGCCUUCCUUCUCUCCAGGCGUGGUUCCCUGCUGUAAUGAGAUGGCCCAAGGCUACAUCACUGAGCCGGGAGCAUACUUCCAUAGCCAGGGUGGAUAUAUACAACAGGCGCCCACAGCGCCCCCGCAGUCUGUUAGCGGCCGGCCACUGAGUCAUAACUCGAUACUUGUUGAGUGGAGCCCUCCGCCAGCAAAUCAGCAGAAUGGAAACAUUGUCGGCUAUAAAGUUCUCUAUAUCAUUAAUGAGGACGGUAAAACUGAGGUGGAAGCAGACGUUAUGAGGGUGGGGGUCGUCACAAGGGCGCAGUUGGAAAACCUUGAGACGUGGGCGGACUAUAAGAUCUGGGUAGUUGCUUUCACUGCUGCCGGUGAUAGCCCCAUGUCCCCGCCUAUCAUAGUGAAAACACACAAGUCAGUGCCCUCCGAGCCGCGCAACCUUGUGGCUGAUCUAGUUCAGCAGGACCCGCUGGUUGCGCAGGUAUCCUGGCAGACACCGGAUGAACCCAACGGGAAAAUAGAGUCGUACAAGCUCUACUGGGGCCUCAAGGGGGAAAUCUACACACAGGUCAUCCUGAAGGCUCAUCAGCAGUCAUUCUUCACACCGCCCAUUGAUCAAGGGGAGACAUAUGAAUUCCGUGUACUGGCAAAGAACGAGGUUGACUUUGGGGAAAGGGCUGUAGUGGAACUUGUUACACCUGAUGGAGACACAGGACAGAGUCCUGUUGCUAGGAUAGAGCCCCGGUUCCAGUACGUGAAUGAAGGGGCCCCAGUGAAGUUUGAGUGUAUAGUGACUGGCAGCCCCACCCCACAGGUGGAGUGGUACCGAGGGGGAGGGAGGAGUCUGAACCCCAGGGCCCGGGUCAGUGCGGGGGUACUCACCAUACCCAGGGCACAGCUCUCAGAUGAAUCUGACUACUACUGUAUGGCAACCAAUGAGAAUGGACAGACAGAAAUCAGGACCAUACUUUAUGUGAAACCAGGUUCCUUGAAACAAGUGACCAUUAUCGUACGUCAGACCAAGUAUGUGGUGAUAGCUGGUGAGACAGCUCGCCUCGAAUGUUACACAGAGGAAGGGGGUGAGCGUGUGACUCUGUUCUGGUCUCGUCAGGCGGGUCUGCCCCCGGGCACCCAGCAGGCCAACGGUGUGCUAACCAUCACCAACACCCAGCCUAUCGCUGCCGGACGCUAUAUCUGCACGGGAACUGACACAGACACUGGAAAGAUCUCCACAGCAGAGGCACUGCUUGAGGUCAACGUCAAACAAACAACUGUAGCACCGACAGUGACAAUGGAGCCAGAGAAGAUCACCAUCCCCAUGGGAACCACCGGAACGCUGCGCUGUGUCACAACAGGAACACCACAGCCAACACUAACCUGGUCCAAGUCUCGAGAACAGCUCUCACCUAACCAUCAGGUAACUGGAAACAUUCUACGUAUCACUCAGGCCACAAUGGCUGACCGUGGUAUCUAUGUGUGUCGUGCGGAGAACUCCGCUGGUGUGGCUCAGGACGGGACAACUGUUGAAGUGGAAAUCCCGCUGCAACCACGCAACCUCCAGGCGAAGGCGAUCUCGCCAAAUGAGAUCGAGAUAACAUGGAGUGCACCAGAGGACGUGGCCAAGAUCAUCAGCUACACGCUGUACUACAACGAUUCCGAGAAGCACACUAUUGGCCACCACACUAUCUACCCGCCUACCACACGAUACAAGCUCUCUGAGCUCAUACCGGAUACUGUGUACAACAUUCAGCUGGCCGCACGUAGCUCCCAGGGGGAAGGGCCGCGUACAAUACUCGUCCAGGAGAAGACACCAGAGUUCAAUGUCCGAAGUGAUCUUUCCUUGCCCUUGCAAACAAACUGCGGUGGAGAGUUUUAUGCUGAUACAGGUGUUAUCCAGCUCCCUACCAUAAGUCGCAAAGGAAAAGAACUGUACGAAGAUAAUUCAGAGUGCAAGUGGAAGAUUAAUGUACCUGAUGGGCAUCACGUGGUCAUAUAUUCGGAAUACUUCGACUUGGAAGCUAGCCCUAACUGUCUGCAUGAUUAUAUUCUGGUAAUGGAUGGGUCACGGAAUAACACAUUCUGCGGCAAGGAGCACCUGGUCUACCUUUCCAUGAGCAACAACCUUACUGUUACAUUCGCAUCUGACGACAGUAUCAGUGGCAGAGGAUUCAAAUUGAAUGUGACUUCCGUUCCGAAUUCAACAGAAGGAAAAUGCAACAGUACAAUUCUGGCAAUCCAGGGUCAAGACGGCGACAUCUGGAAUUUUGACAAGACCAACAACUGCUUUUACUCUUUGGAGGCUCCCGAAGGUUUAAUGGUUCAAAUUACACUGAAAUUCAUUAAUUUUGGCUCCACUACAAGAGAUGAAAAACGUAUUGUCAUUCGGGACGGUUUAAGCACACAUGGCGAGUAUCUUUGGAAUAUCUCUAGCGGUGUUCCUUUACGGAAGAAGUCGGUAUGUGCUAAUCAACUUUUUAUUGAGUAUCAUAACGAGGGGAGCACCAAUGCCCUCCGUUUCUAUCUUACAUACUCCUUGAUCACCUGCCCGGCGGAACCGACAACACUUUCUCCGACUUCAUUAAUCGAAGGAGAUAACGGUAUUUGCUUGACUGUGUAUGCAUGCCAAAGACAAGUGAAAGAUUGUACACGCGAUAUUAGACGUAGUAAUAGUAAGUGCGGAUGCAACGAGCAGGCAGUCUGUGUUCUACAGGGCUUUGAAAAGAUGUGCAUUCCUGGGUCUCAGUGUAGUGUCGAUAUCUGUGCGAAUGGAGCCACGUGUGUGAACACCAGACGGGGUGAUCAGUGUUUCUGUUACGGUGGGUUCACUGGAAAAUUCUGUAAUGAAACGGCGGGCUCCACCUUGGGUCAGCUGAAAUUCAUAGAAGCGCCACAAAGCAGGAAAAUUAAAAGAGGCGGACAGUCGGUAAGCUUGUGCAGAGUGGAGAACCUGGCUUCAGGAGAGCGAGUUGUCUACGCUUGGUAUUUUAAAAGCGAGGCUAUUGGAAAUUACCAAGACCGUUCUAAAUUGAGAGAUGAUGAGGGAUUGCUAUUGAUAAAUGAUUUUAAUGAAGAGUUUGAAGGAAGAUACACGUGUGUGGCAACAGCGGGUAAUUUGAUUACGAAACACUCCAUUCAACUUUUCAUGGAUGAAUGCUUUCCAGGGAUCAAAGGUCCAUCGGAUGCUGUUGACUACACCGGUAGAACUGUAACUCUGACAUGUUCGAUCGAAGAAGCAGGCGACAUUUGGUGGGAGAAGGACAACAUGAUAAUAGAUAAAGGACUAAAAUUUCAUAUGUGGCAGAAUAAAACUAUCCACCACCUUCGGAUUUAUAUAGUAGAAGAACAGGACGCGGGUGUAUACACUUGUGUUGCUAAUGAUAAAACGGGCUGUUCAACAAGACGCAGUGCAAAGCUUACAAUACAGAACUGGGGAAAGCACGAGACAUAUUGUGGAAAAUCGUACCCUGAUCAGAUAAAUGAAGAUAAGGCUUCACACUAUAUUUCUAUGGGUUCAGAUGUCAAGGCCAAUGAGAACCCUUGGCACGUCAGUUUAUACAGAAAGAAUGACCAACGUCCUUUUUGUGGUGGGUCACUUAUAUCCCAGCGAUUCGUAGUGACAGCAGCCCAUUGCAUAACCGAUCAGAAUCUUACGGAUGAAGUGUUCAAGGCAUCCGUUUGGAUUGAGUUCGCCAGCCAGAAUUGUACUCCAAGUGGACUUGGACGGGGUGUGAAAUCAAUCAUUCGUCACCCUCACUACAGCAAGAAAACUAAGUUUGACAGCGAUAUAAGCCUGCUUGAACUAAGUGACCCGGUAGAAUAUUCUCUGUACAUUCGUCCUAUAUGUUUACAAGAUUAUUCAAGCACAUCAAAAUUAAUGAUUGGUGCUAGUCGUUCGCACGGAAAGGCAGUUGGGUGUGGAGUAGUCAAUCAAGUUGGCUUGCAGCCAUGGAAACUCCAGGAAAUUAUGCUGCCCUACGUACACAGACAUGAAUGCAAUGAAGAUUUAAAGUCAACGAUCUACAAUUUUACAGAUAACAUGAUAUGUGCAGGCUAUAAGAAACGAUAUGGUGACGUUUGCCAUGGCGACAGUGGUGGCGGUUUCAUGUUGGAACUCCCACAAAAAUUUAUGUGGGUUUUGGCGGGUAUUGUCUCGUUUGGGUUCAAUUGUAACAGUCCUGAUCACUACACAUAUUUCACCAACGUAGGAAUGUUCUAUGACUGGAUUGAUAGCAUUGCCAAAUUUACAGAUGAAAAUGUCACACUCGACUUUCUUAUAAAUACGAGUAGAGAACGUGAUCCUGAGAGUGGUAUCAUGCGCGUUACCAACGGAAGUAAUUUAACAUCCGCGGCAACAAAGGCAUCAACGCAGUCAACCGUUGGUCAAGCUAAAGUUUCAGUAACCACGCCUACGGCUACACCAGUGUGCCGUCAGGAGCGUGUCCAGGGACCGUGUAAGGCUUCCCUGCCGAGGUAUUUCUACAACUACAACACUGGGUUCUGCGAGCAGUUUUCUUAUGGGGGUUGUCAAGGAAACGAUAACAAUUUCGGUUCACUGGAAACCUGCAUUCAAACAUGCAAUGCUAGGAGAGAAAAGGUUAUGCCCGAUGACUAAUGUGAGGACAAGACCAGUUUGGAGACUUGUCGUCUGAUUUUAUCAUUUCGUCUCUGCGGAUACACCUGGUACUCCAAAAUCUGAUGCAACAGCUGUCAAAGAUUCUUCAAUGGUGUAUAGAGACAACAUGUAUUCUUAUGAAACCAAAACCAAAUGAAAUAUUGUGUAUUCAUAAUUAUGUGAAGUUACAUUUUUUAACUUUUAUUACAUAACGUUUGAAUUUCUUAUAAAUGACAAUAUGAAAUCAGUUUGAGUGUGAUAUCUAUGGGUUGCAUCCAAGCAUGUCUUUCGGUUUGAAAUGAGAUGCAAGUUCGGAUGUUAGUACUAUGCACUAUCAGUUACUGAAAACUGGUUCUGCGUAAAAAAUGGGAACUUUGUGUUAAAUACUCGACCCAUGUGCUGAAAUGUAUGCUAAGUUUCAUACAUCAUGUAAUAACCUUUUAUUAAUUAUUGUAUUUAAAAACAAAAAAGAAACGCUUGUGAUGACCAUUUUUUAACAAGCCUGUUGCAGAAACUUUAUUAAGAAGGAUUAUUAUAUGUUUUGACAGAAUUGUUUGAUAAAGCUGAUGGUGUAAAUUGGAAGUAUUUUGCAUUGCACUGCUUUAUUAAAAGAUUCUUUUAUUCUUCAAGGUCAGUGUGUUUUUGUUAUAUCAAGCCACUGUUUGAACACUCCACACCUCAUUUUGAAAUUUUGCUGCGCUUGUUUUGUAUAAUACACAGUGUACGUCGGAAUCAAUAAUGAUUGUUCAUAUACAAUUUGACUAAAGCUUUCCUUUUAAAUAUUUAUUUUGGUAUAAACACUAUUGUUUUAUAUGUUAUCACUAUCUAUAUGUGGUAUUAAGAAAUGAUGUAUUUUUUAUAACACAGAAAUCAAGUUACAAGUUUACUUUGUGCGUAUGGUUGAUUGCUUAUUAUUAUUUAUGUCAGUCGGUCUAUUUAUUAAAUUAUUAACCCAUUUAUGCCUAGCGUCUAGAAAAAAGGCCUUGGCAAACAGCGUAGACCCAGAUGAGACUCUGCAUGAUGCGGCGUCUCAUCAGGGUCUGCGCUGUUUGCUUAAAGAGAUUUCUAUAAGAAAUGUUCUAAAUAUAGAAAUACAUAUACUAGACAUUCCUAAUUUUAGAAAUAAAUUGAUGCAAUUUAGAAGGAUGGGAGAGUCCACUAGGCAUAAAUGGGUUAAGAAUGUAAAACAUAUAUUGAAACAACAUUAUACAAUUUAGUAGUAUAUUCCAUUACUUAAGAAGACCACUGGCAUAGGGUAAAUCUUUAUUUUUUAUUGUAUUAAAGGUGUUUACUCAAAUCGCCUGGUGCUAAAAGGAGUAAUCUCCAAAUUUACUAAUAUUCUUCAAAGCAAUAAAACGUUUUUCUUAAUGUUUUGAUUACAUUGAUAAAACUAUAGGAUUUCCAAAAGAAUAAAAACCUUUGAUGUAAUAAUUAUGUUCAGCAUUUUGUGAAGAUUAUGUUUAUAAGACAAAAAAUUGUAAAACUUAAGUUAAUUGUCAAUGUGUUUUUAUGCCCCCGGAUCGAAUGAUCAGGGGUAUAUUGUUUUUGGCCUGUCAGUCUGUCUAUCCCAAAACUUUAACCUUGCUCAUAAAAUGAAAACUCUUGGAUCUUUGUUCUUUAAACUUUACAUGUGCAU